AUGGAGGAUUCAUCAAUAAGUUGGUUCCCAGAACUGGGAAAAGUUGAUGAUUAUUAUGAUUUUGUUGAUGGCUUCAUUGCUCAAAAUUCAGUCACAACACAAGAAACACAAGAAGAGGUUCAAAAACGAUCAUCACAGUCUCCAGAAAGCUAUACUUCUGAUUAUUCUAUUUUCGUCCCAAAAAGUAAUGGAAAUAAUCAUGUCUCCGGCACCACCAUUUGUUUCGGCGGCGGCAGUACGUCGCCGGAAAGUUUGGAUUUUCAGGCUGACGGCGGCUUUGAACGACCGGUGAAACGGCUCAAGGUUAAUGACAAGAAAAGUUCCAGUUUUCGUGUCCUUACGGGGAGUACUAAGGGCGAUGAUGAUGUCAGACGACGUUGUUCGGUUGCCCAUGAGCACGUUGUUGCAGAGAGAAAGCGCAGGGAAAAUCUCACCCGGAAGUUCAUUGCUCUUUCCGCCAUUCUUCCCGGACUUAAAAAGGUGGAUAAGGCAUCUGUUCUUGAAGAAGCGAUAAAGCAUCUGAAGGAGCUUAAAGAAAGGGUGAAUCAACUGGAGGUACAAGGGAAGAAGACAAGGUACGAGGAAUCUGUCGUGGUCGUCAAAACAUCUCUGCCGAAUAUUCCCCCUGACGACGAAGACCACUCGCGCUCCUCGGACGAGUGUCGUAGCUCCGACGAGGCAUCGCCGGAAAUUGAAGUUCGAUUCUCCGGCGACAAUAUUCUGAUCAGACUGCACUGCACCAAGAAGCGCGGGAAAACCUUGUCUUUCUUCCUGAGAGAAGUGGAGAUGCUUCAUCUCACUGUUGUGAACAGUUUCAUGACGCCUUUCGGAAAACACGCCAUGGAUUUUACCUUGGUUGCCCAGAUGGAUGAGAAUUUCUGCAUGAAACCGAAGGAUGUGGUGAAGCAUCUGCAGUGCAUUACUCGUAGCUAG